AUUAAUGUUUGAAGCGUUGAAUAGCUUCAGUGAGUUGUCAGUGGUCUAUAGUGGAGCUGCAGAAUAAGGUGGCAACAUGAUGAUGCUUGUCCUGGCAACUCUCAACAUUCUCUUCAUUGUUAUUGAAGGAUACCCGCCACCUUCACCAGAUUCUCCACCCAACUUCUGGGGUGUUAAUGAUGAUGCACCAAGGCAAUUUUUUUGGAUUCCUCAAUCACCAGGGCAAUCUUCAACAUCACAACAGCAUUCAUCAUCACGACAAUCUCCACCCAAUUCUCCACCAGCAAAUCUCUAUGGAUCUAGAUACCCAUCACCACCAACCUAUACAUAUUCCACUGGCUAUUCACUGCCUGGCACGCCCAAUACUCGUCCUUGGAAUUCACCACCACAACCGGCUUCACCACAACAACAGCCUUCACCACCACAACCGGCUUCACCACAACGACAGCCUUCACCACCACAACCGGCUUCACCACCACUCUAUGGAUCUAGAUACCCAUCACCACCAACCUAUACAUAUUCCACUGGCUAUUCACUGCCUGGCACGCCCAAUACUCGUCCUUGGAAUUCACCACCACAACCGGCUUCACCACAACAACAGCCUUCACCACCACAACCGGCUUCACCACAACGACAGCCUUCACCACCACAACCGGCUUCACCACAACGACAGCCUUCACCACCACAACAUGCUCCACCACAACCUUCACCACAACGACAAUCUUCACCACGAACACGAAAACGAAGACAAAGGGAAGUUACAAUGCCUCCAAACACAAUUGUAGAAUUAAGUGACAUAAUGGAUUACAAUUUCGAUGGAAAGAUAAAUUAUUCUGAUUAUAAACGUAUGCAGGAAGGUCUACUCUAUAGGAACCCAGCUGUACACGAUCAUCUGCAAAAGAUAUUUGGUAAAAAUCUUGAGCAUGACAGAUCUGCAAGCUUCAUGACUAAAACAGCAUUUGGAAGUUGUCCUAUCGAUCUCGCCACAUUGAAUGGAGGAAAACCAUUCACUCAAGGAGAUAUUCAAAGAAUUUUCAAAAUCUCAUUUGAUGUAGCUACAGCUAUUAUAGUUUCUGGAAACUCGUCAGUUACAGCAGAAGAUCUUGCAAGUUACUUGAAGAGCAGCCGCAGAAAUUUUAAUUAACUUGGAGACAACAGACACUUUUGGAAUCGAAUCUCCAACACACAAAUAUGCAGUAAUAGCAAAUAUGUUUGUUUUUCUAUUUACUUUAUCCUGUAGUAAGCUAUAAUUAUUUUAAAAGAGUAGAUUGAGAUGAUUUACAAGCUUUGCAAUUGUUGUUAAUUUGAAAUAUUCAAUAUUAUUGAUGAUUAAUUCAUGAAUACCUUAAAUGCUGAAUUCAUAUUGAUUUCUAUGCAAGAAAAAACUAAAAAUAUUUCACUUUGAUUUCAUGAUUUAAUGAAAUACUGAAACUGCCGGUUUUAAAUGAUGACUAUUUUUGCAUUUGUAAAAUCCAUUUCUGAAUAUUAGUUAGCAAUCUGGGGUGGGACUAUUGACAGUCCCAGACAGCUGACCGAGUAUCGAUCAGCUGGUUGGGUUGUGGCAAGAUUCAACUCGCGCAUCAUAAUAAAAUGGUUGGAUAUAUUUUGUUCUAAAGAUGGUUAAUGAAUCCAAACUGAAGUAAAGUAAAGUAAACUAAUUAAUCAUGUAAUUAUUGUUUCAGCUUGCUAGUGCUCACUAGCAUUUUUUAUAACUCUGAAUACACACACAAAUCUCAAAUUGAAUAAAAGAAUUUUAAUUCAUAAUGUGAUAACUUUAUUGUUUUUAGAAAAUUGACUUGGUUGUUGAAGAAGAAUCCUUCAGCCAUGAGGGCUAUAGGUCUAUAGUAGGUAGCCUACAAAUAUUACUCAAAUUGACUAAAUCAGUCCAAGUGUAUACAAACUUAUUCAUUAUAAUAAAAUAUUAUGUAGGCUAUCUAAUACUUUAAAUUGAAUAUUUUAUUACUCAAUUAUAUUUCUUCAUGAUCUUCCAAUAAUUUGUCAACUUUGUGGGGCUAUAGGAGGGUAGAAAUAACAUGGUUAGUUAGUAACAUAGCCUGGAAACUCAUUUUUAUUGAUAUUUCAAAGAUAAAAAGGUAGGUUAGGGGGUUAGUUUUUGUUUAUGAAUGGCAAAAAUAUGCUGGAAUAUUAAUACUAUACUUAUUCAAAAAACUCUUAAAAAAUAUACUUUAUUCUUUAUUUACUGCAACUCCUUAUCCUUUCAGAGACCUGCCAAAAUUAUGUGAAUUAUUCCCAAUAAUCAUAAUAAUUUCAUUUGUUAACAGCACAGCUAUAGGCUACAAAUGAAUUUUGUGGAAGGGAUUGGGCUCCAGCUUGGAUUGGGAUUCACGUUAAAUAUGUUCAGUAAUGUUUCAAAGAUAGAAGGAUGGGUUAAGGGGUUGAAGUUUUUGCUUUGAAAUUGCAAUAUACUGGGAGAGGUUAGGGUCCAGGUUGAUUCAUAUCAAUGUUUCAAAGGUGAAAAAGUACUUUACUCCUUCGUUCCUGUUAGGGGGUAGGGUGGAUAGGGAAUAUGUUUCAACAAUAGGUUAGAGGGUUAGGUUUUCUAAAUGACAAUAUGCUGGUUUUGUUCAAAAUGUCUUGAUAGUUUUAUGUAUUGAACACAACGAAUUUGCUGGAAACAGAAAUCUCAAAUAAUGAAUUUUGAGUUGACAGAAAGCCUACGUACCGGUACUUGAAGUAUUGAGUUUUACCAGUUGUCCAACUUUAUAUUGACAGACUCAUCUACUUUGGACUGUCUUAUUUAUUCUAAAAACAGUUGUGACUGAAAGCUGGUUUUUUUAUUAGAAUAACAUACUGAAUUGAUUGAAACCCAAAAUUUCGUGACAGGUAUAGGGGCUCACAGUCUCAACUUACACCUAGCAAUCUGUUUCAAAAAGGUUGAUAAAAUAGUUCUUUAUUACACUGAUAAGUAAGUUGAUGAAUCAACAUGAGUCUCCUACUGGACAUUACUUUGUAAAAUAGAUUGAAAGUAGUCACAUUCAUUUAAAAUCAUUAGAUUCUACAUAACUAGGUACCAUACAUCUGUCAUACGGCAAUAGUUCAAUAUAAUUAUUUAUUUCAGUAGAUAAUAAAAGAGUGCUAUAUGUACCAUGUUUUAUGUAAAUAUUUAUUUAUUAUAAUUAAUAAUUUUGUUGCUACGACCUAAGAUAUAAUGUUUUACAAAGGGGUUAUGUUACUGUUCAUAUUGUAAUGUAAUUCCACACAUUGUAUUGAUUCCACAUUGCUAUUAUUGAUUUGUGAUUCCACAAAAAUCUGUAAUAAUACAGUAUCACAAAUAUUCAAAAUAGCCAACUUCAAAAACGAGAAUAGGAAUUAAAAAAUACAGAAAAUAUAGUUUUUUUAAGAAUUAUGAUGUGUAUUACAAUUUGUAUGAUAUAACAUAGGUAUAGAAUUAAAUAUCAAAAAUAUGUUAUUUUUCUUGUAAAAUUGGUAUUGAAUCCUUUCUUCAAAUUUGAAGAAAUGAAUGAAUAUUGUUCUUGACUGACAAUGCCCAAGUUUAGCACUUACAUACACAACUAUAGAGUGAUUCAUGUUAUAAAGUCAGCACCUGAUUAACAUUGGUGUUGCUAUCCUUGUCUGUCAUUGGACCAAGCGGACAGCUCUAUCCUUCUAAUGACUGUCAAAUUGUUUCCAGGUUAUGAAGAAAUAUAAUGAACCAGCAUUUCAAUCUUAAUUAUGGAAAUCAACAAUUGAAUCAUGAGAAGAUAUAUUUUCUUGGCUAAUAUUACAUAUUUUAGAAAGAAUAAACCAUUAUUAUUCGAUUAUAAUUAUUAUAAUCAUAAGAUAUAUCUGAAUAGCUUGAAUCACAGCUAUCCACACUAUAGGGCAGUGGGAACAGGAAAACGGCAACAAUGCAUUCUUAUAGAUCCCACUGGCUUCAUAAUAUGAAUCUCACUAUAGGGACAGUUUUUCAAAACUGUAGAUCUCUCCAGAUGUCAUUAAGAUGGUUCAGUAAUGCACUAUUAUCAAUAAUAUUUCAUGUUUGGAAUUAGUUCAUUUUUGUUUUCAGCAGAUAAAUGAAAAUACAUUUCGAAAUAUGGUAAUUUGUUUUAUUGUUUGUUAUUGAGUUUUAAUGCUAUGUAGGAAUUCCAUAUUUGAUUGAAAUGUUGUAUUUAAUUUGAUGUGAGAAGUUAGAGUUGAUUUUCCAUUUGAGUUAAUUCUCAAAUGUGUAGUAGCAUUCUUAAGUAUAUAUAUUAGAAAGGUUGUAUACAUUGAAGUAAGAAGUUUGAGUUGAUUCUCAAAUGUGUAGUAGCAUUCUUAAGUAUAUAUAUUAGAAAGGUUGUAUUCAUUGAAGUAAGAAGUUUGAGUUGAUUUUCCAUUUGAGUUAAUUCUCAAAUGUGUAGUAGCAUUCUUAAGUACCUAUAUAUUGAAAAGGUUACCUUGGAAAAGUUGUAUACAUUGAAGUAAGAAUUUUGAGUUGAUUUCCCAUUCGAGUCAAUUCUCAAAUGUGUAGUAGCAUUCCUAAGUAUAUAUAUUAGAAAGAUUACCUUAGAAAGGUUGUAUACAUUGAAGUAAGAAGUUUGAGUUGAUUUUCAAUUUGAGUUAAUUCUCAAAUGUGUAGUAGCAUUCUUAAGUAUAUAUAUUUUUUGUGUGUUUGUGUGUCUUUAAUUGAUUAAAUAUAUAAUUGAAA